CUGAUAGACGGCACUGACUGGCAUCACUGCUGGGCACUGACUGGCUGCACUGACUGGCACAACCCCUGGGCACUGACUGGUGGCACUGACUGGCAGCACUGGUGGGUGGCACUGGUGGGUGGCACUGGUGAGUGGCACUGGUGGGUGGGCACAGGUGGGUGCACUGCUGGGCACAGGUGGGCGGAGCUUGCGGGUGGCACUGCUGGGCACCGAUCAUCAGGGCACUGAUCAUCAGUGCCCUGAUGAUCGGUGCCGAUCCCCGCUCUGACAACUGCCGGUUCUCGGCAGUACUUUCCUCACGAUCUGACAGCGUGAGGAAAGUGCAGCCGAGAACUGGCACUUGCAU